AUGUUUGCGGAAGAUGGAACCGAGGGGGAGAAUAUAGAUAAUGAAGAGGCGCGGCCCAAGGACGGAACCCUGGGGCACACCAGCGGAGACAAGGAGAGAUUUGGAUUUGUGGGGGCCGAAUUUGACAAAUUGUGUGCGGUCAGACAGUCACCCCGUUCAAAUCGAUAUGACGCCAACCUGCCCUCUGGACCAGCGCACAGUCCAGGAUUAAACACUCCAUUGGAACAUCUAGGAAAGCGACCCACAACGAUGGCAAGUGGACCGCUACUUCUAACUUUGAGCAUCACGGCGCUGGCAUGGGGAAUCCAAGCCAAGAAAGAAAUAUCGGGCAGCACCGCUGUGGACCUGGGCCAGCACCGGGAUGCUUGGAGGCCGUUGAUGCACCUUUCAGUCAACCUCACCAAGAUAAGAGGCAUCACGUCAACAUUUCAACUCAGGACAUACGACCCGGAGGGGACCAUCUUCUACGGGGAUACCAAAAACGGCCGGGACUGGUUCAUCCUGGCCCUGAAAGACGGUGUCCCGCUCAUGCAAAUCAGUCGCAGUGGCGUCCUGGUUUUUGUGGUGGGUGGGCCCAAGCUCAAUGACGGGCGCUGGCACACGCUGGAGCUGAGCAACCAUGGCGAUUUCGUGGUCCUCGAGGUGGACGGCUCCCGGGGGCUUCUCGUGGGUCUGCAGUCCGAUACCAUCGAGGAGGUGGUUUCAGGGUCCCUCCGACUGGCAAUUGGUGGGAUCCUCAUUCCCAAAGAGAGGCUAUUUGUUCAGUUGGAACCGCAGCUGGACGCAUGCGUGCGGGAUGGCAGCUGGCUGAACCUCAGUAACCCAUGGGAGACGGACGCAGAGCAGCUCCGACCAUGCCGCCAGAACAUCCGACCUGGCAGCUUCUUCUCCGGGAGCGGAAUGGCUGUUGUCAACAGUUCAGUUUUACAGACAGAAUAUGAACACGGCGUGACCAUCCGAGUUUUGGGCGAUUUUGCCAAAAUGGACGGAACCAUUUUAAGCAUCCGGCCUCCCGGGCAGGCACUCAUGUUUGCGGUAGUUGCCGACAAUAACACAAAAGAAGUAACGGUCAUCCUCGGUGGUUAUAAAAUGAGUCUGAAAGAAGACUUCAAGGAACUGGAGAUGACUUUCGGGACCGAUUGGAUGGAAAUUCGAAACGGUGGACAUGCGUCGAAGGUCCCGUGGGAGAAUCCUGAGCUUCUGAAGACGCUGAGAGAAAGCCACGUGGCCAUCGGUGGCCUCCCCGGCAAAGAUGACGCAGGCUCCAGUUUCUUGAGAGGUUGUCUAGAGAAGAUCCAGAUCCAGGGAAAGGACGUGGACCUGGAUGGAGCUAACAAACACCCCUCCAUCUCCUCUCACAGCUGCCCCUUGUGA